UCUGUGAGUUUAACUCUUAUGUUUACCAAUUUUUCCAAAUGUUCAUCUGAUUGUAAUACUUUUUAUUUUUAUUGCUAGUCAUUUUUUUAUAUGAUUAAAAUUAUUCCAGGCAUUUAGUAUGGAGAAAAUUAAAGGUAUUCAAAGGGAGAUUUAUAAGCAAGAUAUUUUUGUUAAGACUUUACUCAAACAAUUAUGGGAGGCAAAAGACCAAGAAAAUUUUAACUCAAUCAAUUCUGAUUACAUAGAUGCAAUCAAUAAUCAUAAAUUUUUAAUAGAUGACUUGGAGAGAAAAGUAAACUUAUUCAUCAAGCCAUCAGAAAGGGAAGCCAUGACUUCUGAAUUGGAAGCCUUAAGAUAUCAAUUAGAAAGUAAUUACAAAAACCAUAGGAAGGCAACGUGUGAAGUUAGAGAAAUGAUCAGGGAGGAAGAAAGAAAACGAUUAUUCAGUCAUUCGAGUGAUGAAACGGAACUAAGAAGACGACCAGUUGUAUCCAAGACAGCAGGUCAGAGAGCAGCUAACGUCACCUCCGAUUUGCAUAGGAUAAGAAGCCUUUUAGCGGAUCAAGUGGAACGAAGUCGAUUAUCAUAUGAAGCAUUGUUACGCUCAUCUGACAAUGUAAACCAAAUUCGAGAAGAGUUCCAUUCAAUGAGAGGAGUUAUCUCUCAUUCAAAGAGUUUAUUGAACAAAUAUGGUCGACGAGAAAUAACUGAUAACAUUUUAAUAAUACUUUCAUUUGUAUUUUUCUAUGCAACCUGCGCCUACAUAAUUUGGAAACGAUAUCCUUUUUGAUAAAUUUUUCCAUACAAUUUGUUUGAUCAACGGUGCAUUUAUGUUUAUAAUAAUAUAUAAAUAUGUGUUGGAAUUGUUAUUACAA